CGGGUAUCUAUGUCUGUGGGCUUUGGCUGACUCAACGCCCUUGGCCGCUGCCCCACGUGAUGACGCCCUCUGUGUACAAACAGAAAUCCCCGAUGGUGGAAGGGAGGCCACUAUAUAUCCCACUACUUCCAUGCAACUCGCUCCAGUGCUAUCUUUCCAAACAACAUGUUGUACAAGAUCCUCCUGUUGCUAAGCUGUUGCUUGCUGGUCACCGCUGACGAUGGUCCCAAGAGUAAACCCGGAGACACAGACCUGAAGACAGAAGCGUCAUCAAGGUGUAAGUUACCACCUGUAUUCACCAGCUCCUACGACAACAGGUACCCCUACCAAAACAACUACUACGACAAAGGCUACAGUAACUACGACCGAGGUUACGGAUACAGACCGGACGGCUACUACGACAGAGGUUAUGGGGACUACAGGGGCUAUUAUGAUCGCGGCUACGGUGAUAACAGAGGCUAUUACGACAACAGAUACGACCGAGGCUACGGAUACAGGCCUGAUGGCUAUUACAGCAGGCAGGAUCCCUACAACAACAGGUACGGCGGAGGAUACGGAGGGGGGUACGGUGGUUACUCAGGAUACGGCGGUUACUCAGGAAACGGCGGUUACUCAGGAAACGACAGAGGCAGGUACGAACCCUAUGACCCUUACUACCAGAAUAGUGAUUACUACGGCAGCGGUUCCUAUGGAAGCGGUUAUGGAAGCGGUUACGGAUCUGGAUAUGGAACCGGUUAUGGCAGUGCCUAUAGGGGUGGCUAUGACAGCAGUCUGUACUUGAGCCUUGGAAAGACAAAUAACAACGGCUACAAAACUACGGGAACAUCCAGCUAGCAACCCAGAGCAGGCGCUACUUAGAGUUUCACAAUGAUCCUAAAGAUUAAUAGAGAUAUGGCUAUGAUAGGUACAACAGGUUGGACAGGUACAACCAAUAUGACCGAUCUAACUACAGAAGUAAUUAUGAUAGCCGCAACCCAGAUAGAUACUAUGACAAGAAGAUAUAAUAAAAUGGAUAGUCUUUUAAAUAUUUUUUAUUAUAAAUAUAAGUUGUCCCACAAUCUUUGUAAAUUAACUUUAAUAAAAUAUAUUUUUAAAAAUAUAUGAUCCUUUAAGUUAA